AUGAGUCGUCGUCGGCGCUUGCAGGACGAGCGGGACAGCCCCAGGAGCUGCAAACGCCAGCGUUGCCUCGAGCACGACAACGCUCUGGCCGGCACCAUUGAGCGCAUGAUGGUCAAGUUGAGCGAUGACACGGACAAUCUGAUAGAGUUUCGUCUGGAGGAGCUCAUUUACUUUGUGGACGAUCAGCUGGAGAGCUACAAGUUGGACAUUUUGCGCAUUCUGGUCGAGUGCGUGGAGACGUAUCCCAUGCAGAGCAGCGCCUACGCCACCUUAGUGGGUCUGCUCAACGAGCGGGACUAUGAGUUUGGAGGCGAGUGUCUGAUGCACAUGAGCAUGCGAUUUAAGCGGACUCUGCAGCAGUGCGAAUGGGACAAGGCACAAGGCCUACUGUUCUUUCUGGCCGGCCUAAUCAACGCCAAUGUGGCAACAAUUAGCUCGCUGCUGCAUCUGCUAAACGCCCUGUUGAUGGUGUGCGAUGAGACGGAUACUCCGCAGUUGCGUCGCGACUGGUUUGCGCAUGCAGUGCUCUCCACACUGCCCUUCAUUGGACGUGAGCUGUACGAGAAGAAGGAGUCGGCCCUGCAGGCGCUCAUUUUGCGCCUUAAGCUGUAUAUGGAGCGUCGCUCCAAUGCCCAUGGGGCACUGCUCAGCGUGUGGACAACAACAGCAGCCACAAUGGACACCUCACAGCCCGAGUAUCUGGAUCUACUGUGGCAGCAAGUGUUGAAGUUACAGAGCAACAACUGGAUGGAACAAAUGCUGACGCGUCCCUAUCUGACGUUCGAUGAGCGUCUGACUGAAGCCUUGCAACACAACUUGCCACCAUUGCGGGCCCCCGCCCACGAGCCCAACUGCAAAUAUAACGCACCCCUGGUCACAUUUCAUUUGUUUGAAUCCAGCGGAGGAGAUGGCGCCCAAGUCGCCCCUAAUCUGCCCGAUCUGCUGAGUAUUGAGCGUCACCUGCUGGAGUCUCAAAUAUUGGAGAUAUUGCAAGUUUAUCAUCUGGAGCGUAAAAUUUGCGCGGAGCGUUUAAUCAGUUUCUGCGCUGCCCAGCCCGCCUGGACCGUCGAGCACUGUGUUGUGGAGAUUAUAGUGGGGCAGCUGCUGGAGUUGCCUAAAUCCUUGCAUCUGACCAUCAACUAUGGCGUUAUUCUCAUUGAGCUGUGCCGGUCGAAGCCCUUGCAAUGGAGUCCAGUUCUGACACAGGCCAUUCACAUACUCUUCCAGCGUGUGGACAACAUGCGGGUGGCCUGUUUUGAUAGGUUCGUCAAUUGGUUCUCGCAUCACUUGAGCAACUUUCGUUACGAGUGGAACUGGCUGGAGUGGAAGAGUGCCACUGAGGUGAAGUCCAUCGAUCAGCCGCGGGCCAAAUUCUUGCAGCAGCUCCUGCAAAAGUGCUUGCGCCUCUCCUAUUAUCAGCAUGUGCAGGACAUGCUGCCAGCCUGUUUCGCGCCUUUGCUUCCCGAGGUGCCGGAACCGUGUUUCAAGUAUAUUGACGUACUGUUGCCGGGGGCUGAGCUGGCCAAGCACUUGCUUGACGCCAUCCGCAACAAAUGCAAUCCAGAGAUAGUCGGUGGGCUCCUCGAGGCGGCCAUUGAGCACAGCCCGAUGUUAAAGAUCGAUGUGCUCGUGCAGACAUUGCUGCAUUUGGGUUCGAAAUCAUUUACCCACACCAAUGCCAUGUUUUUCAAGUUUCAACCAGUGCUUAAGAUGUUGGCCGAGGACGAAGCUUCACAGCAUGCCAUACUUUCGGCCGUUUUUGAACUCUGGGCCAACAAUGAACAGCGCAAGCUGCUGUUGGCUGAGAAGCUUUUGCGCAUGAAAAUAAUUGAGGAUAGCGCCAUGCUUUCUUGGAUCUUUUCCCAGCAUCUAAAACCGGAACUGACCAAAAUGUAUUUGUGGGAAUUGCUGAGCUUCAUCAUACGGUUCAAUAGCAUUGUGCUGGAGAAGACUGAUGAAGUGGACGAGGUAUCCAAGAAUCUAAAGUUGAAGACAUUACUUUUGACCAUUAUACGGCAUUUUGUGCGGAUCUUGUCCGAGCACGAACAGCAGCAGGGCGACCAGCAGUCGGACUAUUGGUUUGAUUGGGUUUUGGGUCGAAUGCAGGAACUUCUGUUUAACCAUUGGACUGAUGCUGCGCUCUUUGAGGAUGAGCUCAAGGCGAUUGUGUCAAACGAGCAUGUAGUUCCACGCGUACGCAUAAUGGUUCGGGAAUUUUUUGAUUUUAUUGAAUGAAGUGUUUGAUAUUUUAAAAUAAAUGAAAUACAAUAAAUGUGUUGAAAACAUUA